AUGGCGUCAUCCUUGAAAGCCGCCAAGCAGCAGCUGCGGACCCUCAUGAAGCAAAGGCUCUCCACUGUUACCCAAGACUCCGUGGUUGUCCAGAGUCGCCAGGUUUUUGACGCCCUUAAGGAUUUUAAGCCCUACAAAGAUGCCACUCACAUCAGCGUCUACCUGUCUAUGCCCUCUGCCGAGGUGCAGACAGAUGCCAUUGUCCGCCAUGCACUAGCAGCGGGCAAGCAAGUCUUUGUCCCGUACCUGCACAAGUCUACUCUACAGAUUCCCGACGCUCCAGCUCGUGUGAUGGACAUGGUGCGUCUUGCGAACCUCCAGGACUACGAGAGCCUCAAGCUGGACAGCUGGGGGAUUCCCAGUGUAGACCCAGCCACGGUCCAUCAACGACAGCAUAUCCUCGGAGACCCUGAUGCCCAGGACUCUGACCAGGCCGUCCUCGAUUUUAUGGUAGUGCCGGGAGUUGCGUUCGACUUUGAUGAAGCGGGUUCCGUCAGGAGACUAGGCCAUGGAAAGGGUUUCUACGACUUCUUCAUCAACAGGUACUUGUCAAGGUUGGAAACUAGGGGCCUUAGCCAAACGAGGCCUUUGUUGCUGUAUGCGUUGGCUUUGAACGAGCAACUGCUUCCUGCAGCCUCUGGACAGGCAAUCCCCACGGAUUCCCAUGACCGCCAGUUGAAUGGCCUCAUACUUGGAAAUGGAGAAAUCAGGGAAGCAUCGAAUCCAUGA